CCGCUGUUGGUCAUGUGAGUUCGGAGGCUGCAGUCUGCUGUAGGCAGUUUGACUAGAACCAGCGGGAUUUUGGCAGGGCUUCAUCAGCAGCAUGAGGCUGGUGAUUCUGGACGACUACGAACUGGCCAGCGAGUGGGCAGCUAAAUACAUCCGAAACAGGAUCGUCGAGUUCAAACCUUCUGCAGACAGAUACUUCACUUUGGGUUUACCCACAGGCAGCACUCCGUACGGCUGUUACCAGAAGUUAAUAGAGUUCCACAGAAGUGGAGACCUUUCCUUUAAGUAUGUGAAAACCUUCAACAUGGAUGAGUACGUAGGUCUGCCUCGUGCUCAUCCGGAAAGCUACCACUCCUACAUGUGGAACAACUUCUUUAAGCACAUCGACAUCGAUCCGGCCAACGCUCACAUCCUAGAUGGGAAUGCAGAGGACCUAGAGGCUGAGUGCAAUGCUUAUGAAGAGAAGAUCGCUGCGGCUGGAGGGAUCGAGUUGUUUGUUGGAGGAAUUGGGCCUGACGGCCACAUCGCCUUCAACGAACCCGGCUCCAGCCUCGUUUCCAGGACCAGAGUUAAAACUCUGGCGAAGGACACCAUUGUGGCGAACGCUCGUUUCUUUGGCAAUGAUCUCUCCAAGGUUCCUACCAUGGCUCUGACAGUGGGAGUGGGAACCGUAAUGGACGCCAAGGAGGUAAUGAUUCUGAUCACGGGAGCUCACAAAGCGUUCGCUCUGUACAAGGCCAUUGAAGAGGGGGUGAACCACAUGUGGACGGUGUCUGCCUUCCAGCAGCACCCACACACUAUCUUUGUGUGCGACGAGGACGCCACGCUGGAACUCCGUGUUAAAACUGUGAAAUACUUCAAAGGUUUAAUGCAUGUUCACAAUCGACUGGUGGAUCCAGUUCUCAGCAUAAAAGAGCAGUGAAAUAAAGAGAAGAUGUCACUGGAUUAUUCAUACUGGUAGAGUUACACAACCAAGGAGCUUUUAUUGUUACUGCCAAAUAGCUACAUUUUGUUACUGAGAGCCAGCAGGUCAAGAGUGUUUGAAAUCCAAUUAUGAAACUAGUUUUGUUCUGUGCAUAGGAAUUGAGGAAUUAGAAAAUUUUAAAAUCUAAACACUCACUCUUUUUCGAGUUAACUUGUAUAAAGACUUUUCUUUUUAUCGUUCCAGCAUUCCUUUCAUGUUUUUCUCCUUAAGUCACCUUCUUCCUCGGGCUUUUUGCACACACUUGUAUUGUAGUCACUUCUUCUUUUACAAAAGGAAAAAAAAGCAAGUUAUUCAUUUUUGUCUUUCAGAAAUGCAAAAUAAAAGAUGUCUUUAUUAAAUCAAGAAAAAAUGUAUUUCUCGUAAUACAAUGCUUUGGCGUUUCUCUCUAUAUGUUGAGGAGCAUUUAGAGUUUGUCCACAGGGGGCAGUAAUCCAAAACUGCCCCCUGUAAUUUAUUUAAUUAACUCAACCACUAAGCAAAAUACUUAACGAUUAACUGUACAUUGGUGUUUUUUAAGCCUCUUUUUAUAAUUCCUUCAGAUUUGCUGCUUACAGCUAAUAAAACAUAAUGUUUAAAAUUAAAAUUUGACGUUCAUAUUUAAUAGAUGGGCUUUAUUACAAGUUUAAUACUUUCCAAAAGCUAAUUUUCAGAAGGUUUCUUAAUAGGCUUGAUAGGAGGCUGCAAUUCCUUUUACUGAGAUGAAACUGCAUGUCUUGUGUGAUUUUGUGAGGCAGAUUUUGUUUAACUCACUGAUACAUCACAAAUGCUCAGUAACAGGUUUCAGACUAACAAAAUGAAACAUUAAAGCAGAGCUGGAUUUAUGCAGAAUUUAU